AUAAAAGGGAGCGGGAGCUCGGGCCCCGCAGCGUCACCAUGUUCCCGCUGUGCCCACUGCUGCUGACCCUGGCCCUGGUGGCCGUCCCCGGCGUCCAAGGCGCCUGCCCGGCGUCCGCCGACCUGAAGAACGCCAACGGGACGCGCACUUGCGCCAAGCUCUACGACAAGAGCGACCCCUACUACGAGAACUGCUGCGCCGGCGCCGUGCUCUCCUUGGAGUCGGGCGCCGACCUGCCCUACCUGCCCUCGGACUGGACGAACGUCAUCUCCUCGAUCGUGGUGGGCCAGCGCUGCGAGCUCACCGUGUGGUCCCGUCGCGGCAAGGAGGGCAAGUCGCGCAAGUUCUCGGCCGGUAGCUACCCGCGCCUGGAGGAGUACCGCCGCGGCCUCUUCGGGGACUGGUCCAACGCCAUCUCCUCGGUCUACUGCAGUUGCAAAUGACACCUCACGAGAUCACUCAUCUCCAGCCCUCACGAGUGCAGAGCCCCUCACUUGGCCUUGUUCGUGGGGUCUGCUGAAGUCUGUAAGACCCAGGAGAACAGAGGUUUCUGCCUGCCCUCAUCUUGCCUUCCCUGUAAUACAGCUCUUAUGAAGCCA